UGUCACUCUCUGUCAAAAUAAAAUUGGAAUUUGUAAAGAAAACUUCUUUGUACCGAUGAUUAAAACUUUAAAUCGAAAUAAAUCUUAAUAUUCAAUUUACCGUUUCUUCUGGAAUUAAUCAUACAAUGGCGCCAAAGGCUGGUGGAGAUUCCGCUAAGGUUAAUUCAACCGUUUAUAAAGAUAAAAGCAAACCUACGGAUAUUCGCCUCAGCAAUAUAAAUGCCGCAAAAGCCGUAUCUGAUGCCAUCCGGACCAGUCUGGGCCCCAGGGGAAUGGAUAAGAUGAUCCAAGCAGCUAAUGGUGAAGUGACUAUAACAAAUGAUGGUGCCACUAUCCUCAAACAGAUGAGUGUGAUUCACCCUGCAGCAAAAAUGCUGGUGGAGUUAUCCAGGGCUCAAGAUAUAGAAGCAGGAGAUGGCACAACUUCAGUGGUAGUGAUUGCAGGAGCCUUGCUUGAUGCUGCUGAGAAGUUGCUUCAGAAGGGUAUCCACCCCACAGUUAUAUCUGAUGGUUUCCAGAAGGCUCUACAAAUGGCUCUACAGGUAGUAGAAGGUAUGUCAACACCAGUUGAUCUGACAAAUGAAGAUGCAUUACUAAAAGCGGCUGCUACAUCUUUGAAUUCCAAAGUGGUGUCCCAGCAUUCAACUAUAUUAGCUCCAAUUGCAGUACAAGCUAUCUGCACAGUGAUGGAGCCGAUACCCGGCGGCGUUGGAGCGCGUGUAGAUCUCCGCGACGUGAAGGUGAUCGAGCGCAUCGGGGGCACCGUGGAGGACACAGAACUGGUGCAAGGUCUGGUCAUCCCGCGCAGACCUGCCAACGUCAACGGCCCAAGCCGCAUUGAGAAGGCCAAAGUUGGCCUCAUUCAAUUCUGCAUUUCCCCACCCAAGACAGAUAUGGACCACAAUGUUAUUGUAUCUGACUAUGCUGCAAUGGACCGUGUGUUAAAAGAAGAACGUCAGUACAUUUUAAACAUUGUGAAGCAAAUUAAAAAAGCUGGUUGCAAUGUCCUUUUGGUUCAGAAGUCCAUUUUAAGAGAUGCUCUCUCAGACCUUGCUGUUCACUUCUUAGACAAAAUCAAGACAAUGGUCAUUAAAGAUAUUGAAAGGGAAGACAUUGAGUUUGUUUGCAAGACACUGGGAUGUCGGCCAAUUGCUUCCUUGGACCAUUUUACUGCAGAAAAUAUGGUUACUGUGGACCUUGUAGAAGUAGUGAACGAACCAGCAGGAAAAUACAUCAAGAUGACUGGGCUGGCGGGAGCGUCGGCCGGCGGACGCACGGUGUCGGUGCUGGUGCGCGGAUCGAGCGGCGCCGUGGUGGCGGAGGCGGCGCGAUCGCUGCACGACGCGCUGUGCGUGGUGCGCUGCGUGGCCCGCCGCCCCGCGUUAUUGGCCGGUGGCGGUGCUCCCGAGGCUGCAGCGGCCGCGGCGCUCGCUCGGGCCGCCAUUGCCGCGCCCGGCGCCGACCACUACUGCCUGCGAGCCUACGCCGACGCGCUCGAAGUUAUCCCGUCCACGCUCGCAGAGAACGCUGGUUUGAAUCCAAUCGAGACGGUGACAGAGCUGCGUGCGGCGCACGCCAACGCUGCGGCGAGCGGCGCGGGCGUCAAUGUGCGGCGCGGUCGCGUCACCGACAUGCGUCACGAGCACGUGCUGCAGCCGCUGCACGUGACCGCGUCAGCGCUCGCGCUAGCCACCGAGACUGUGCGGGCCAUUCUUAAAAUUGAUGACAUAAUCAAUACAGUUAAUUAAGCACCAUCACCAUUGAAGAUAAUAAUCGCUUAAAACUAACAAAAUAGUUUCUCAAAAUGAAAGUAUUAUUUUUUCUGUAUAACCAUCUUGAGUGACACUUCAAAAGAUAUGAUUGUUAUUUUAAUAUGAAGUACCAUAAAGCAGUUUAAUAUUUUAAUUCACAUUUCAAAGUAUGUUAGAGAAUUAAUGUUUAUUUUAACAAAUGAGAUGUCAUUUGAGCUUGUAUUGUUAGAGGAAGGAAUAAAGAAAAGAAGCCUUGGAAGACUAAUUUAUUAAUAAAUUACUGAGACAAUA